AUGGGCAGUAAUGGUAUUCGAUGCUCGAUUUCCGAUCUUACCUCUCCAACUACUCGCAUCAUUCCCACGGUCCACUUCCAUCGCGUCAAUAUCUCCCUCUACGAGGCACAAAUCGACCCCGCGACCGGCACUCGCAUCCCCAUUUCCCAACAUGUGAUCGACCGCGUGGUCAGCGCUAUUGUCCGGUUCCAAAUCAUCUGCGUUGAGAUUGGUGUACCGGCGUCGAACAUACGCAUUAUCGCGACCGAAGCAACGCGAACGGCGCUCAAUUCUGAGGUGUUUACCAACGCGAUCUACCGCAAAACGGGCAUCGAGGUGGAGCUUCUGCGAAAGGAGGAUGAGGGGAUCAUUGGUGCUUGGGGUAUUGCGAGUAGCUUUUCCGACGUGGAAGGGUUGGCUCUGGACCUCGGGGGUGGAAGUAUGCAGAUGACCUGGAUCAUCUCGCACGCAGGCAAUGUGCGCAUUAGCCCCCAAGGUGCGGUGAGCUUCCCAUACGGAGCGGCCGCAUUAACCCAGAAACUGGCCGACUUGAAGCGGGGGAAAAGCGAAGACGAUGCUAAAAAGGCAAGGGAAGAGUUCCGUCGCGAGAUGGCUCACAACUUCCGCACAGCCUUCGAGCGUCUCGAAGUUCCCGAAAGUCUUGUAAAGAAAGCACGCGAGCAAGGUGGUUUCCCCUUGUACCUGUCCGGUGGUGGGUUUCGUGGAUGGGGCUAUCUACUGCUCUACCUGCAUCAAACCCGAGGCCAAAAUUAUCCCAUUUCCAUCAUCAACGGGUACACUGCACCCAAAGCCGACUUUGAGAACACCGAUGCCCUGAAGGAAGUGGCUCGCAAAGCAGACGAGAUUUUCCGGGUUUCUGAUCGGCGCCGCAAGCAGGUGCCUUCGGUUGCGUUCCUGGUCAACGUACUUGCCGAGUCAUUGCCGCAUGGGAUCAAAGAAGCGCAUUUUUGCCAAGGGGGCGUGCGAGAGGGUGUUCUGUUUCGCGAAAUGCUGCCGGUGGUCCGUCAACAAGAUCCGCUCGAGGUUGCGACCGCUCGAUAUGCGCCUUCAUCGGCACAAGCCAUCGCUGCAUUGAUGCUGGCUUCUCUGCCCCGACCGACGGGCUCGCGCUCGGUUCCAUCCACGAUCAGCGUGCAUGUGGUCCAGGCAUUUGCGAAUGCCCUCUAUGUACAUGCUUCAAUGGCCAAAGAACUCUCCUCUAGUGCGGCCCUCUACAGUACAAGCACUGGCAUUCUCGCCUCGGCCCAUGGAAUCCCUCACUCUCACCGGGCGCUUUUGGCCCUCAUGCUCCAAGAGCGCUACGGUGGAGAACUCCCACCACGCGAUGUGGACUUAAAGUCUCAUUUACAGGGACUUCUCUCUCCAGAGGAAGUUUGGUGGACGCGAUACCUUGGCAAAUUUGGCCUGAUCCUUGGUCAACUAUAUCUCACUGGUUCGAUUGAUACAUCCAAGCCCCGGAUUGUUCCCUCUGCAGAGUGGGUGACUGGGCUGGGGAAGAAGGGGAAGAAGGAGGGGAUCAAGUUGAAGAUUGCAAUUCAAAAAGUUGCAUACGAUCCAACCCGUCUGAAGGAGGAAUUGGAGCGAGACUCGCGGAAGCUUAAGAAGGUAGGGAAACGUAAGAACUGGAUUGGGGGGAGAGAUGGAUGGGGCAUGAAAAUUCAGGUCUCUGUGGAAGAAGAGGAUCUACUGGUCACUUAG